AUGCUUCAAUCCCCAGGACACUCGCCGCUCCAUAUAUCGUCGCCGUCUCCUUCGAUUUCGCAGGUAUCGGCGCAAAACCCUAACGAUCCAUCAUCGUCGUCGUCGUGUGCGAAGAACCCUAGGGUUCUGGACGAGGACACUUACGUGGAGGCGUUGGAGAAGAUCAUCGAGCGCGACUACUUCCCCGACAUCUCGAAGCUCCGCGACCGCCUAGACUGGCUCGAAGCCAUAAAAACCGGCGACCCCGUCGUCAUUCGAGAGGCACAAUUGAAGAUCCUUGAACGCCGCGCUGGCGCAUCAAAGGUAACCAAUCCCAACGAUACUUACAGAACCACCUCUCACACGCCCGGUUCCACCUUCGUUAGAAAUUUCACACCUUUGGAUGAAUUUGACGGAAAGCCUCCCCAAACGCCACUUUUCACUGCUCCCGAGGCUAAAGAGGGGGAGAAUAAUGAUGGUGGGGUUGAUACGUCGCUUGGUCUCGAUCAAUUUCUUAUGAGGUAUACCAGUGAGGACAAUCAUAGCUUUUCCAAGAUUUUAGAGAAAGUGAAUAGGAAGAGGAAAGAGAAGUUUGGGUAUUUGAAUGAGGAUGUGAAGUGUAUUGAGGAUGUGAAGAGGAAUAGGAUUACUGAUGGUUAUGGAACCUCUUAUCAGCCGCCGAGUACCCUUGAAGGGUGGAAUUACACUGCCAAAAAUUUGUUAAUGUAUCAUCCCGCUGAUCGAGGUGAGGUUCCCUUAACUGAGGAGGAGAUGGCUGUUAGAAUGAAAGUUGCCACAAAAGAGAUCAAUCGUGGGAACACUAGGUUUUAUGGUAAAAUAAUGGAUUCUAGGCCGAAAGAUGAUGGAACUGUGGAGGUGCUUUAUACGCCUGUUGCUGGUGCUACACCGGCCCCCAUGUCUCUCAGAGAUGGGGAUAAGUUACAGAAGUAUGAUUUGGAGGAUUUGAGGAAGACUCCGAAUCCAUUUUAUUUGGAAUCUGGGAAGAAAGCUGAUAAUGGUUAUAGCUUUGUUAAGACACCAUCCCCUGCACCGGGUGUGGACGAAUCCCCAUUUAUUACUUGGGGAGAAAUUGAGGGGACUCCAUUGAGGUUGGACCAGGAGGAUACACCACUUGAUAUUGGCGGUAGUGCUGAUGGACCUCAUUAUAAGAUUCCUUCUGCACCGGCGCGAGAUGCUAAGGCACAUGCACUUUCCAGGGAGGCUGCACGGAAGCUGAGGGAAAGGUCAAAGAUGUUUCAUAAGCCCCCAUUGGCCUCACAGGUUAGAGGCGGUAGUGCUAGCCCAAGCAUGCGGAUGCUGUCUCCUGCUGCUCAGAAGUUUGUAAGGAACGCAUUUGCCAAGUCCUCAUCUUCUGUUGAUGAGACACUUCGGGCAAGUUACCGCGGUUCUACUCCUGCCUUGGCUACUCCUAGAACUGUUAGUAGAAGUGUGUCAAGGGUUGGUAGAGAUGGGAGCAUGGUUUCCAGGUCUCCAUCAGUUAGAGAGGGCUCCAAUCCUCCCUGGUGA